CGGGCAGCUGUCAAAUCCCGCGUUGCACCGAUGCGUGAAACACCGGACUCACUUGCGGUGUCUGUCAGGUGUCUGUCUGUGUGCAAUUCCUACUGUGAAUAUGCAUAUGAAUGAUGCAGUGCAUUCAAUGGCACAGAUAGUCCACGCGCACUGCAUGCGCACACAAAUCUCGCCAUUCUCAUGUGCACUGUUCGCAUAAAGGCACAACCGUCGUGCAUUGAGGAAGCUCAGCACACUCAACAAAAGUGCUUGUGGGUUGGGGCACUCUCGUUGCCCCAACCCACUGUGGCAGAAAAGACAGCGCCUCCAUACAUGGACACAGCGAGUGACUGAGUGCCCUAUCUACCCAUCACACACACCCAAACGACGCCUCCCUCACGCACACAUGCAUCAUGUACCAGUCGGAGCAACACACACGACACACUCAAUCAAUAUCGAUAUUGAGCAUCAAUAGCAUGUGAUCGAGCAGACGAAUGGAUAAAUAGUACGUAGUGGACAUGCGUAUACACAUACAGUCAGUAUACAUAUGCAUGUGUACGUACGUGUACGUACGUGUAUGUAUGUAUGUGUGUUUGUACGUAUAUGUAUGUAUGUAUACGGAUGUAUGUAUACAAAUACGUAUAUAUGUAUAACACACAUAUAUAUUGACGCAUCAGCAUGACGCCACCCCCUCUCGAGAACUGCAAUAGAGAGAGGCAACGACACACAUGACAUCAAAGCCACACACACGCAAUCGCAGGAAGUCUCAAUCGCAAACUGGCCGUGUCACACGUGCCUUACAUAUGCAGCGAAAGGAAGAAAGCCCAAACAGCACACAUCGCAGGGCUGCACGUGUCCAUUGAACUCGCCCUGUGGACGCACCGCCAUUCACCAUGCACACAUCGCACAUGAGAGCGUCCCCAUCACUCACUCUCGCCCGACCCGCACUGCAUGUCUGUAUGUAUGUAUGUACGUAGUAAUGUGUGUAUGCCGGCAGGCGGCACGUGGAAUGAGUGAAUCGGCAGGCAAAAACGAGAUGAGUGAGCGUGGGUGCAAUGACAUUAAAGACGGCUAAGCUGUGAAUGGGCGGCGACAAAAGGAAAAUCGGACCGAAAAACGCUACGUUGCUCCCCAUCCAACACAACCUACACGCACACACACAGAGGGGCAUCGGACGAUGGCGACCACCACAUGCCCGUGGUGCAUGUGGGUGUCAUUCUUACCCGACUGAUUCUACCGGAUUGCUGAGUAAUAUCCGCAUCAAUCAGAUGGGCACCUGUACCUGCAUGCAAGACGCGCAUGCAGCCAGCUGUGUCUGGUGUCUGGUAUACCUACCUCAUUGGGAUUGAUCUCCUCGAGCCAGUCGAGGAUCGACGUGACGUCGCCCACCCCGAAUGGCUCACUGAACACCUCCUGGUGCGCCCUCUUGACCGUCAAGUUGAGGCAUCGUGCAAACGUGUUGCCCUUGAGCCGUGCCUGCACACACACACACACACACACAGCGACACAGACACAGCGAGUAAGAGAGAGGCUUGCUGCAUGUCAUGUUUGUGGUCUGUACCUUCUUGACCAGGUCAACCAGGUCCUGCAGCUGCUCGUUGUGCGUGAAGAUGGCCACGAUGUCGUCGGUAGUCAGUUUGGAGAGCUUCACCGUCUUGUGCAUACGCACAUUGCCUGUCUCGAGCCACACACGCACAUAGAGGGAGGAAGUGACGGUGAAGGGGGCUCGCUCUGUGUCUGUCGUCGUCCAUUUGUGUCCACCGACAUUUCUCCUCCUUGACGCGCCCUACGGCCAGCAGCAGCACCAGCAGCCGCAGCGGCAGCAGCAGCAGCAGCAGGGGCGAAACCGCCUGCCAAUCACACACACAUUUUGACAUACACACAUUGACUCCAGACACCAUGUGUGGCUGCAGUCCCUCCCCCCUUACCCUGUGGCUGAUUGGCCUCCUGUCUGUCGUUAUUAUCGUCGUCCGCUUCCAGAUCGAUCACCACACGUUCUGGCGGGCCGUUGGCCGCCGCCCCAGCCGCCAUCCCGUCCCUGUUGCCACUGCCACCAACUCCGGAAGCAUCACCGUGUCCGCCCAGACCAUCGUUGUAUUGGCCCUCCCCCUGUGCAGCCUCCCUGUUGCCGUCGUGGUCGUCAGCAGCAGCCGAGCCCCGCCCCCCGUCGCCCUCCUGUUUGACGGCGUUGCCGCCACCAGCACUCUGCUCACGAUGGCCGUCUGAGCAAAUUGGGGGAGGGGGAGGGGGUGCGGGGGGCAUCUGCUCGUCCUGGGAACCCACACUCGACCCUAAUCGAAAGAAGGCACAGAGAUGCCAUGGAACGAUGGACUUCAUGUCGUCUGGUGGUGGGUUUUGUACCCGUCCGGCGGCGUUUGUUGGCCCGUUUCUUGCCCUUGUAGUUGUCGUCACGCGCCUGCCGCUUCUGCUUCUUCUUGCCGCGACGAGAUGGUGGUGAUGGGGAGCGGGAGGAGGAUGGAGAGGGGGAGGGAGGUGCAUCGGCCACUGCUGCUGCUGCUGCUGCUGCCGGUGGGUCGUCCUGACACAAACAGAGGAGAUAGGCAGGUAUGUUCACGCCUUCUCCUUCCCUCCCUGCCUCCCCUCACCGGGAACUGGUGGUCUGCCAGCAGCUGCUCCCAGCCGGUGAUGCGAGGGAUGAGGCGAUCAGACUUCUUCUCCUUGUGCUUGGGGAGCUCGCUGUUGCGGUAGUUGAUGGCCUUCCUGAACAGGGAACGGGCGGUCUUGUACUCCUUCAGGCCGAAGCGCUUGUUGACCACCCACUGGUUGGGCCCCCCACCACGCGCCGUCAGUCGGACGUGGAGGGCCGGCGAUUGGACGCCCCGGCUCCUCCGGAAGUGGAUGCCCAGUGAGCAAAACUUGUCCUUCAGCUUGUCGAAGAACUCCCACAUUGACUUCUCUGAUACAAACAGACAGACAGACAGACAGAUUUAGUUGAGUGAGUCAGUUGGGGCUGUGCGCCACCUAGCUCGCUGUGGCGGCUGCGUGGAGGCGACGGGGAGCGAUCCGCGGCCUGGAAGAAGCACACACACACCGCACACAAAGCGCGUCGAUUGACUGACCACGGCAUGAGUUACUCUUGGUCAUGUUACCUCUGCGUCUUUGCCGUCGUUCUCCUCGCCAGAUGAGAUGUCGUCGUCCUCAUGAUCGUCAUUGUCCUCAUUGUCCUCAUUGUCGUCCUUGUAUUGCUGUGCAUCGGCCGCUGCUGCUGCUGCUGCUGCUGCCGGUGGGUCGUCCUGACACAAACAGAGGAGAUAGGCAGGUAUGCUCACGCCUUCUCCUCCCCUCCCUGCCUCCCCUCACCGGGAACUGGUGGUCUGCCAGCAGCUGCUCCCACCCGGUGAUGCGACGGAUGCAGCGAUUGGAGUUCUUGUCCUUGUGCUUGGGGAGCUCGUUUUUGCGGUAAAUGAUAGCCGCCUUGAACAGCGCACGGAUGGUCUUGUACUCCUUCAGGCCGAAGUACUUGUUGACCACCCACUUGUUGGGCCCCGCACCACGCGCCGUCAGUCGGACGUGGAGGGCCGGCGAUUGGACGCCCUGGCGCCUCCGGAACUGGAUGCCCAGUGUGUGGCGCGGGCCAAACCUGUCCCUCAGCUUGCGCAAGAACUCCCUCAUCGACUUCUCUGAUACAAACAGACAGACAGACAGACAGACACAUUCAGUUGAGUAGUCAGCUGGUGCUGUGCGCUACGUAGGUCGCUGUGGCGGCUGCGUGGAGGCGACGGGGAGCGAUCCGCGGCCUGGAAGAAGCACACACAUAACACACACAGCGUGUCGAUCGGGUUAUCAUGCCACAAGUGACUGUUGGUCAUGUUACCUCUGCGUCACUGUCGUCACCCUCCUCGCUGGAUGAGAUGUCGUCGUCUUCAUAAUCGUCGUCGUCAUCGUCACCAUCUUCCUCACUGUCGUCCUUGUGUGCCCUCUUGCGACCCUUCUUGGCUAUCUCGGCAUUCUUCUGCUCGGCCACCCGCGCCGCAGCACGACCACCGCCGACCGGCGCCGCACCCAUCUCAUCUCCGUCAUCCAUGCCACCACCCAUGCCUGACACAUCCACAACACAGGCGUCCCACACAAGGCCAUCUCGUUCCCCACCCACCCUUUCACUCACUUUGUCCGAGGGCUGGCCCCGCCUCUCCCUCCCCCUCUCCCGAGCCCUGUGCGCCAUUGCCCGACGCACCGCCACCGCCCCGUCCGCUCAUGAGGCCACCAUGGUGCCCAUCGAGGGCUGGCCCAUUGGCGACGGCGUCAUCCAUCUCUUCCUCCUGCUUGACGCGCUCCAGCUUGACUGAUGCAGACGAACGGGCGCGGCUACUCGCCAUCGGUGGAUGAGGCACCUGAAUACGGGACAUGCAGAUAGGCAAGGCAACGGUCUGGGAGAUCUGUGUGUAUUUUGCCUUCUUUCUUCGCCGCUGCCCUACCUGGAUGAUCGGCUGCGACGACGAAGAGGCGGCACCCUCGGAUCUUGGAAUUGCCUGCACGAUUUCUAAGCUCGCAGCAGCGUUUCGCGCAGGAUGGUGGCGAGAAUCUCAUUUGCGUCGAAUUGUGACGCUUAAUGCAUAGCAAGGCACAUACCGCUCACCAAUUCAUUCAUUGCAAUCAAUGUGGAUCUGUCCGAUCCAUCACAUCUCACACAUCUCACACAUCUCAUUUCAUCCACACGGACGGACAUGUCGUCACACACGCACAACAAAAAGACACCACACCCUCAUGCAGCCGUCUGUUUUCUUAAGCACCGCAAUGCAAUGCAAGGCUCAUCAUGAGUCUGCUUCAUCCUCACUCAUCAUAGUGGGGGGAUCCCUCUCCCUCUCCAUGUCUUCAUCGUCUUCGUCCCACCGCUCCAGCCGGUCAUACUCAUCCUGCUGACGGCCGAUCCGCUCCAUCUCCUCAUACGCCUCGUCGCUCAGCCGCGACGCCUUCUUGCCGCCCUUGCCCUUAGCCUUCCCCCUGUGCCGCCAAGCCGCCUGCUGCCUCUCGUCCUCUUCGCCCCCCAGACCCCACGCGAACGCCUCACGCCGCUUCUCCGGUUCGCCGCCUUUCAUAGUAUCGCCGAACCAGUCAGUGUGCUCCGGGCCCGCGGAUGGCUGAACUUCAUUGGUCUCUACAUUGGUUUGCCGUCUGGAGGACGGCUCUCCGCGAUUGUCGGCCGAGGUGUGGUGACCAGAGGGGGGGAGGGGCUGGGGCGAUGACGAGGAUGGCUGGCUUGUGGCAGUGGUGCUGAGGAUGCCCAGGCGUGUGAGUCGUGGUGCGUGUCGAACGAUGUCGGUGUCGAACGAGUGGUCGACGGGCUGAGCGGUCUCCCAGAAGGGAAGGUGGCCGAACUGACGAUUGUUGACCAUCACCUGGUUAAUACACACGUGCAGACAAACACCACGUAUGACACCAUGACGCCUCUCUCCCUCUCAUCCCCGUGUGUGCCUCGCUCACCCCUCUGCCCCUGUCGUUUGUGGUCCUGGCCUGAUCUCGUAUUCUGAAAGCCCUCUCCAGCUCCUCAGCCGCCUCGUCGUCGUCAGGCUCCAUCCCCACACACUUCUCAAGCGCACUCACGGCGCUGUCCACCUCGCCGAAGUCCAGCAAAGCCCUUCCGAGAGUCAAAUACCCCGGCUGCCAUUGCGCGUCCAUCACAAUGGCCCUCUUGGCGGCCUUGAUGGCUCUGAACGGCUCAUCGAGCCUCAGAAGGGCUUGCGCGCACUGCUCGUAGAGGGCGGCACGGGGAGAGAUGGUGAUGGCCUUCUCCCAGGACAGCAGGGCCGACAGGAAGUCAUCAUUGGCAGCGAAGAUGUUGCCCUGCUCUCUCAGCUGGGCGCCGAGGGUCUCCUGGUCCUUCAGCAAGCGCGCCGGCGCCCUCACCAGAUCCAUCGCAGCGGCCGCAGCUUGUGGCUGGCUGGGAGGUUUCCUGUCGGGCUUGCGCAUGCGCGUGUCAUCCUGACCACCGUCGAAGGGCCAUUCGGAUGCGUCGUUCGGCCGUCUGCUUGCCGAAGUCCUUGCUGACGUGAGCUUGAAGCUGACAGCGGUUCUUGUGGGCACAUCGCCUCUUCCAGCACUCGCCAUCAUGAUGCUCGUCGUCUUUUUCG